AUGGGGCAGCUACCAGUCACCCUGCCCCGCUGUAAAGUCACUGGCCCGUGCCUGAGCCAGGAGCAGCAGGGGACCACGGCGGGACGGGCUCAGCAUAAAGCCCCCCAAAGCAGGACGGCUUCAGAGCACAGCAAACAGAAACACACACAAGCAGGAGACUGCACCGCGUGCUCGGGGCGCUCCAGAAGGGUGAAGGACACACCCUCCUGGGCCUGCCGGCCGUUCCAGCAUGGGCUGUGGGGCAGGACGGCCUGGGUGAGGCGAGACGCAGCUGCCCCGGGCUCCUGUACCCAGAGACUCAGACUGAGGCCUGUGCCAAGGCCAUGCCCGCCAGCACCCACCCCUGGUCAGCAGCCACAGCCCGGCACGGACCACCUAGAGCAGAAGGCCAGAGCGGGCCAGCAACACGAGGAGCCACUCGGCGUCUCAGACCUGGUGGGCAUGGGCACAUUCUGGACGCCCUCCACUCCAGCCCCCUCCGCUUUCCAGUCCCCGGACAGACCGUGCUCACCACCUGCCUCUCUGCCCGCACCGCUCCCCUGGCCGCCUGUGUACAGAAACAAAACCGGCAUCUGCCACCGCUGUCUCCCGGCGAAUUCCGGCCUUGAAAAGACACUCUGGAGAAAACCUCAGGUGCCCCAAAGCAGAGCUCAGGAGCAAGCUGGGCCCGAUCCCUUUUUGUACUGGGGGCCCUUCUCUAGAGCAGGAACAUUCUAG